AAUAACCUCUAAGGCACAAUACACAACAGCAUAAUACUCAAAAGAAAGAAGCAUUCAAAAGGGAAAUAGUUAAACAAAGUAAAAUAACAGCGUAACACCCAACAAAAAACGACAAUCCAAACACAAAACAACAAAAUGCAAUGCAGGAAACAUUCAAAGAAACACAAGAAAAUGACCAUUAAAUGUAUUGAACAGCACCAUUAACUUGUAAAUUACCUAAAGUUCCAUUUUAAAGCUUACAUAACUGGUAUAUAAACAGAUAAAAUAUUACACAUACAAUAAUGUAAAAUGUGUCUACAUAAGAAUAUUUAUAAUAAUUAAUUAAAUUGAACAAUAUUUCAACUUCAAAUGUUCUUAUACUGAGUGAUAGCUACAUUGAAAUGAGGUUAGAACAAUGUGUUAUACAAAUAAAAAUAGAAUCAUGAAAUGUAAUUGCCCCAUUACCAACUGUUUGUUUAUGUGGUGUCUUAACUUGUGAACUGGUUAAACUCUGCCCCCCCCCCCCCCUCCGCUGGCCAGCAGGUGUCUGUGUGAGGGGGAAAGGAGCUCUGUUCUCCACUGUCCCGGGAAAUGAGCUGGAAAAUGAGGGGCGGGGAACCACACCCCUUCUCAGGACCUCUUUUGGCUCAUCACUGUCUCUUUCCCCCUCUGAGCGUGUUGUUUGAAUACAGCUGCAAUGUAUGAAUUUAACAGGGUGCUUAAACAGGCUGGCGAUCUGUCACCCUGUUCCUCCCGCCCCCUCCUCCCUCCCCUCCACCCCAACCUGACCUCACUUGACUGGCAGAGCCAAACUUACUCAGCCCCUCAUUCAAACUCAAUCUGCUUUCAGCCCCUCUCAAAGCCUGUUUUAUAGGCGCAGGCCUUGUCAACAGCUUUAAACCCCAUAUUCUCUCUAAUGCUUCAAUCGACUGAGUGUUGGAGGAUUAGGGUCUCUUCAUGUUGUCAUUAUGCUGGGUGUUAAGAGCUGCUUUCUUCAGUAGAUGAUGUGGCUGAAGCUCUGCCCUCUAAGCUAGAUUUGAGCCUUUGCUUUGUUUUGAAAAAAACUCAAGAUAUCAUUGUAUUCUCUUGAGGUAUUUUUUGUGUGAGGACUUUGCAGGUUUUGUUAUGAGUUGUUGUUUUAAUCUGCAAAUCUGGCUAUUGAUCCUCAUAAAUCCAUUGUUGCCAUGCUGCAAGCCAAAUACAAAAUUCCACUUUGGGACCUGUAAAAACUUAAUUAAGCUACCUAUUCCAUUUUUUUUUUUACAAAAGGUUUGUAUCUGCACAAAUACUUCAAAUCACAGUUAGAAGACUUCAAUUCAUAAUGUUGACAGAUGGUUGUUUGAAUAGGUCUAUGGGCUACUGGAGUUUUUGUUUCAGACAUAUUGCACCCUAAUUGGCUUUAUUUCAGAGCAGGAAUCCCAGCUAUGCAUUAGAAGGUUUACCCAUCUGGCAGUGUCCUCUGCCUGCUGUUCUGAUGGUCAGUGUGCAUUACAGAGAGGAUCACAUUCACAAAACAAUAUAUAUAUAAUAUUACUUUUAUUUAAAGAUUUUUAUUUAGGUUGGAUUUUUUGAAAAUGUCUGUCACUGAUAUAUUGUUAUUAAUAUAUUAUCUAUACUAUAUAUACUUAUUUUAAAAUGCUUCCGUAUUUCCAUUUUCUGGCCCUGUGUACUUAUAGUUGACACUUGACAGCAUUUCAGAGGGAUAUACUGCACUUUUUUAAACCUAAAAUAAAAUGGGCAGUUAUACUGUAGAUGAAAAAUACCCGAUGACUGACAAUGUUAAUAGUUCAAAUCAGCUUCCCCAUUUACAGCAGUAACAUGUGUGCAGAGGUAUGUAUGAUAAUUCAACAAUUCAAUAAUGAAAUAAUCAAUUAACAUAGCACUUGCAAUGGGGACAUUUUUGUUCAGCAUCAUGAAAACGUUGACUUUUGAUACCUCAUAUUUUUAUUUUUCAUAUGUUUUUCCUUAUAAUUAAAAUCUGAUAACCUCUUCACUUGUCUGAACAAAUAUAAUUGUAGUUAAAUCAAAGUCAUUUUAGUUAAAUCAAAGUAAUGUAACUACAUUUAUUAUACUAUUUUAUUAACUAUAUAAUACUUUUUUUCUAUGUUACGCUUAAUAACGUAUCUUAUGAAGUGCAUUUAUUUUGUCACAAAUAAGUUCAAAAACAAUUUGCCCCUGCGUAUGAAACCUGAAUCUACUCGCCAGCUUUACUUUGAAUAGAAUGAAUUAUUGAUGCUCAGCUGAAAUCAAGUCAUGGUGUCAGUGUGGUCGUCCAUUUAACUCCUAUUGAAACAUGAGCUGCCAUUGAAGCCUUAACACAGCCACCUGUAAUGACUGUCAAAUACAAUCUGUAUUCUCCACUGGUGAGUGCGACCCCAUUGUGACCGUCAGAGGAAGUCCCCGGAGAGUGUGUGAAAAGUGUGUCUACCCCAUGAAUGUGUAAAGUGUGUGUGUGAGAGUGAGAGAGAGAGAGGAACCAGCAGAAGGCCAGGGGCUGCUGUCUGACACUGAUUUGUAAAGGGAGACAAUACGGCUCAUUGACCUGCCCUGCUCCACUGUCUGUUGCACAUACCUCGCCCAGCCCUCCCCAGUGGCUGUGCUGCGCUUUAAACACGAGCAGCAGAUUGCCCCAGGCGAGGGCGAGGGGGGGGCAGCGGGCCCCAGGUUGCUUUGACAAUGAGAAACCUCGGAGGGGAGAAGAGACGAAGCCAACAACUUUAAUUAACACAAUUAUAUUCUAAAAACCUUACUUUCACUGAGGAUAGCAGAAUUUGAUAUCACUUUUUAAAAAUGUAUCUUGAGAAAAGAGAAAUUUGUUUUAUCAAUGCUAGCACAUUUUAUUUCCAACAUGCCUUAUUUGUUUUACCUGUUUUUAUCUUGUUUUAUUCCAACUUGUUUCAACUGUCAAACUUCCCUCUGAAUUCCCCUCAUUCCAUUUCUGAAUUUCUUUAACCCUGGUUCAAUAAUGUAAAGCCUCUAUAAAUAAAGUGUAUCACUUUACUUAUGACUAUCCUUAUAAGAAAUUGGCCGAAAGAAAGGAGUCUUAACCCCAAAGAUGGUCAAUCUAAUCUCAUGUAUGACAGAAAAAUGAAACGUUGAUUGAAUGAUCUAUUCAAUUAAUCAAUAUUUCAGCCUAACUAUUUCAGUAAUCUUCCCCUAAGGAUCAGGGAAACACACAAAGUAUUAAGUACACAAAUAAUAACAAGUAUUUAAGGUUGAGUAUCUGUUAAAGACAAAAAUAGGAAAUAGGGUUAUCAAUAAAUAUCAAUAUCUUAAUCUAACAGCAGCAGGAUCGAGCAUCCAUCCAGACUUUGACACAUCUCCUCUGGUGCUCACGUUGUAAACAAACACCCUCCUCCUUUUGUCAUCCAUUCCCAUUGUCAGAGUCUGGAUAUGACCUUUUCUCUCCUCUCUCUGACUCUCGCCGCUUGUCGCCUCUUCUUAUCCUCCCUUCUUUCUUUCAGUAUCGAAGACAAGCUGUUACUCUGUCCCUGCGGGCCACUCCCUCACUUGUCUGCUCCUCUUCCCUCCCCCCUGCCUCCCUCUCUCCCCUGCUCUCAUUCUUUCUCCCUUUCCCCACCUGUUGAAGCAAUUGUUGCACAGACAUAUUGUUGUCUUUUAAUUUUUUUAUGUCACUCACGAGGGCUCACGCCCCUUUCCACGCUCUUUUUCCUCCCCCAUGUGCCACUCCCUCUCACUCUCUCCCCGAUGGGUAUAAAAGUCAGAGGCGAUGGUUGGGGAGGGAUAUUCAUCGCAGCACCACAGGAAGGCAACACAUCUUUAACAAGGAAAAAGGAUUUCCCAGCUUGUUCACCUGUAGUAAACCAAGCUUCCUCGGGUGACAGAGGGACAAUAUUGCCGCUUCCUUCCUUUACCAAUUGGAGUAAACAAGUUCAUAUUUGACCCAGCAGUCUGUAAAGAUGGACAGAGGCAUGUCUCUGUGGUGUGAGGAGGUGGAGAACAGCAAGAGUCAGGACCACAGCCAGACUGGAGAACAAGCCCAGGGCGGAUACAUGGUGGGCUCCUCUCAGCUGCGAGCCGGCUGGGACCCCACUGUGUCCGGGCAUCGUGUGAUCCAGAGGUUGCUUCAGGUGGAGGAGAGGUACAUGCCCUCCAUACUUUACAUCACCCUCAUCCAGCGGGAGCCAGAGCGCAGGGAGGAGCUGGCCAAAUGGACCCUGGAGGUGUGCUGUGAGGUUGGCUGUGAUGAGGCAGUGUUCCCUCUGUCUGUCUCUCUGAUGGACAGGUUCCUGUCGGCCUCUUUGUCUCUGCCUGUCUCGCCAUACUGCCUGGCUGCAGGCUGCAUCCUCAUCGCCUCCAAACUCUCAGAGUGUGAAAACGUCACUGCUGAUACUCUCUGUGCCGCAGCUGAGUACAGCUUUGUGCCUUCAAACUUGCGGGAGAUGGAGCGUCUUAUCCUCGCCACCCUCCGAUGGGACACAGCAGCAGUGACUCCACAGGACUUCUUCCCACAUUUCCUUGCCUCUGUGGAGGAACGAAGAGAUGGAGACAGCGGUGACUCUGAGAAGGGGCUGCUGCUCUCCACCCUGCGGCGGCACAGUGACACGCUGGCCGCCAUGUGUGCGUGUGACUCCCGCUUCCUGGGAGCACCACCGUCCCUUGUUGCUGCAGCGACACUGAACUGUGCUCUGCGGGGCUUGGGCAACAAGAGCCCGGCUCAGCUGGCUGUCAUAUGUGCGGCACUAGCGGAGCUUUGCCAGGCUGACCUGGCAUUGCUACAGUGCUACAGUGACAUGAUCGAAUAUGGUCUCCGACAGCGGCUGAGGAGCGGGCUGCAGCAGGGCCCCAUGGAGAAGGAAGAGGAGGUGGAGAACGAAAGACCCGGGACACCUACUGACCUGAGAGAGAUUGAUUUUUAAACACUGGAUCGACUUUUACAUUGAAAGUGUGAAUCGGUCAAAAACCUAUCAAAGUGUAUCAGUCAAACUGAUAUAUAUUGAACAUGACCUCGAAAUGCUCUGACCUGUUUUGAUAUUUUAAAAUUAUUUGUUGAGUGACUAUUAAUUUAUAAUUUAUUGUUUAACUUUAUUUAUUUGUGAACACUUUUGCAAUUUUGUCUUUCGCAUGUGCCAUAUUUUAUUAUCUAUUUCUAUUUGUAGGCAUAGAUGUUAUUUUGAUGCAUAAUAUUUAUAUAUUUUAUUUAUUAUUAAGUGAAAUUGUUGGCUCUUUUGAUGUUAAUUUAUUUCAACCUGCCAUUACUUUGUGUUUGUGUACUGAAUUUAAUAUACAUGAGAUCUAUUUUUCAAAGAAAUUAAACGUUUAAAACGUUUGUACAA